ACCAGUUGCGGAUUGAACCUCGGGAACUCCUGGGUAUGUUCGUUUGCCAAACAAAGUCUUUUCUUCUUUGGCACAGACACUGAAGAGGCUCCUGGAUUUUUCUGCCACCCCUCCACAAGCUGGCAGUUACCCGGGAGCUUUCCCGAUUUGCUGGCGGAGAAAUGAGCCCUUCUGGGCGGAGGAUGGGCGAAGGGCACCAGCAGCGGGGGGCUCCCGCCGGGAAGCGCCUUCUGUUCCCCGGGAGGCGAGGGUCACCCCGCGGGCUGCCGGGCGGCGGCGGCGCCACCGGGGCUCAGCGCUUCCUGCUCGGGCUCUUCAUGCACGCGUGGCUGUGGGCAGCCUCGGGUUCACAUGCCCAGGUGUUCAACCUCAGCCUUUCCGUGGACGAGGGACUUCCUCCGGACACUCUAGUCGGCGACAUCCGCGCGGGGCUGCCGGCGGCACAGCAGCAGGAGGGGGGCGGCUUCUUUCUAUCCGAGGAUUCGGAUGACUCACCGCUGUUGGACGACUUCCACGUGCAUCCGGACACCGGCAUCAUCCGCACGGCUCGUUGCCUGGACCGCGAGCGGCGGGACCACUACAGCUUUGUGGCCGCCACGCUGCUGGGCUCCGUGGUGCAGGUGGAGAUCCGCGUCAACGACGUGAACGAUCACUCGCCCAGCUUUCCCCGCGACUCCCUGAAACUCGACGUCUCCGAGCUCAGCCCUCCAGGUACCGCCUUCCGCCUGCCAGGUGCCCACGACCCGGACGCCGGCCUGUUCAGCACGCAGGGCUACACCCUGGUGCAGCCGUCCGACCUUCCCGAGGACCCCGCAGGACCGUUCUUCCAGUUGCGCUAUGGAACCCCGGGGUCACCACAGUCCUCGUCGCCCCUGGAGCCCCUGGACCUGGUGCUGUUGCAGCGCUUGGACCGGGAGGCGGCGGCGGCACACGAGUUGCAUAUCGAGGCCUGGGACGGCGGCCGCCCGCGGCGCACGGGCCACCUGCGUGUGGAGCUGCGGGUGCUGGAUGAGAACGACAACCCGCCGGUCUUCGAGCAGAGCGAGUACCGCGCCGCGGUGCGGGAGGACGCUCGGCCGGGCGCCGAGGUCUGUCGUGUGCGCGCCACCGACCGCGACCUGGGGCCUAACGGCCACGUGCGUUACAGCCUCCGCGCCCGGCAGGCGCUCGGGCCACUGGGCGAUGCGGCCUACUUCACCGUGGAGGAGCUGAGCGGCGUUGUGCGGGUGCAGAGGCCGCUGGACCGCGAGGCACAGGCCUGGCACCAGCUGGUGGUCGAGGCCCGCGACGGAGGGGCGGAGCCCGAGGUUGCCACGGUACGCGUGUCCAUCGCUGUGCUCGACGUGAAUGACAACCCUCCCGCCAUUCACCUGCUCUUCCUCACCGAGGGAGGGGCCGCGCGCGUUUCCGAGGGCGCCGCACUCGGCGACUACGUAGCUCGCGUCUCGGUGUCCGAUGCGGACGGUGAUCCGGAGCAGGAAGAGGAGGCCGUCGGGGAGCCUGGUGUUGGCCUCGGAGGCGGGAGCAUCUCGUUGUCCUUGGAGGGCGGGGAUGGAUCCUUCGCUCUGCGCUCUGGCAGCUCCCCCGGGGUAUUUUUCCUCUGCGUCGAGGGGCCCCUGGACAGGGAGAGCCGCGACCUGUACGAUUUGCGACUGGUGGCCACGGAUGCUGGCUCCCCGCCGCUGAGUACAGAGGAAACGCUGCUGCUCCGGGUUGCCGACCUCAACGACCAGCCGCCUGUCUUCAGCAGGGAGCAUUACCUGGCCUCGGUGUCAGAGGCCGCGGCCCCAGGCACCGCGGUCGUGUGGGUCAGCGCCUCUGAUGCAGAUGAGGCUGGCACAGACCACGCCCGGCUGCGCUACGCACUGGUCCAUCUUACGGUUCGCUGCAACCCAGAAGGUGUGUGGCCCUCGGCGGCGGAGUGCGGACCGUCCUUCACUAUUGAUCCUGAAAGCGGCAUGAUCAGCACCUUCCGGAGUCUGGACCGAGAGGUCCAGGAGGCGGUAGAGUUGAGAGUGGUAGCCCAAGACCUCGGAGAACCCCCACUGACGGCCACCUGCCUGGUGAGCAUCACCGUGGACGAUGUGAAUGACAACGAGCCCAUCUUCCGGAGGCAGGUGUACAACGCCACCCUUGCGGAGCAUGCCCCGGUUGGACACUGCUUUUUGCAGGUGAGUGCAUCAUGCUUCUGGAUCAACCUCUGGAUUCCAGAAAGGCCUGGGAAGGGAGAGCAAGAUUAA